AUGGGAGGAUCAGUGGCAGGCUCAUCAAUUAUUGUUGGGGCAGGUUCUUCAAUGAAUGUUGGGGCAGGUUCUUCAAUGAAUGUUGGGGCAGGUUCUUCAAUGAAUGUUGGGGCAGGUUCUUCAAUUAUUGUCGGGGCAGGUUCUUCAAUGUUUGGGGCAGGUUCUUCAAUGAAUGUUGGAGCAGGCUCCUCAAUGUUUGGGGCUAAAUCGCCUGGUUGCUCCUCAUCAUCUCUACCAUGA